AUGCCGCUCAGGAUCGACAUUUCCGACGUCGCCAUUGAGAAGACCGAAGCAAUUCACCAACUCCACGUUUGGGGCGUCAAGACCUCGCGAUGGAAGAACAACUGUAUCAAAACUCCGCUCAACUCUCGCCCCAGUCCCAACCAUCGACGCGCGGCCGUGAUGCACUCGGAAGCACCCAGCCUCGAUCUCGUCUGGGCAGAGAUCAGGGAUGACCACAUUCUCGAGCUCGCCGUUAUAAAUCCCGCCAUGGAGGACAAUGACCUUCUAAACAAGCUCGGGCAUGGCAUCGCUAUUGGCUUCUCUCCUACGAUGAUGGACCCGGAUUCGGUCGUCGACACCAAAUGGCGCAACCAAGCGCUGACAGACAUAUUAGGGCCGGGCCAUAAGGUACUGUGGCCAGGACCUGUCAUCUUCUUCUCGUACGGAUAUGACGUGAGCGACUAUGUUAAAGUCGGUCCGAACCAGCCAGACGUCGCAAAGCACAACCGUUUCAGAUCACUGUGGGAGACCGAUCAUGGAAAGGGAAAUGACAUGCAAAACGAAGGCAACGACUCGUGCUCGGUAGGCGAGAUGGUAUGGAAGUGGAAAGUCAAGGAACGCGGCACAUCCAUGAGGGUCCUCGACCUGAGCCGCCGCGACCUCAGCGCAAUUCUUGACUACACCGCCUACUCGCAGCUGAACCCCAUUCCCUCCAGUUCCAUGUUUGCCGGAAGCAAUGCCUUUCAUUGCGUUCACGUCCUGGACCUCAACAACCCAGGCUACAGCCUUAAAAACCUCUGGACGGAGAUUGACCCAGCCGCCCCCCUGAUUGCGAGCAAGAUACCAAGAGGGGUGCUCACCUUUCAGAACCCCCGAGGUGAUAAUCUCAGUUUCUACUUUGUGGGCCUCCCCACCUGGCCAAAUCCCCUCCAAGCCAUGCUGGGAGCUUUUGCCGUUGGCCUGCCAUGGCUGAUCCACUAUUCGAUGGACAUAAACCCGCCCUUUCGCGGCAACAUGCCUCGCGCCACCCGCUGGCCUCUGGCGGACCUCCUCUGGUCGAUAGACUUCCCCAGCCACGACUCCGCAAACAGGGCAAUGUUAGAAGCAGCAACGAAAGCCGACGCCGACCCCUACACGGGCGAAGACAGAGACGUCCAACAGGCAUCAGCGCCCUCACUACGGCCACCAGGAGGAAGGGGAAGUGACACCACCGACGCCGCACCGCUCCUCCACAUCUACCGCCCUACGCACGCCUGCGACUCGAUCACUGUGGUGCACGCGCUGGGCGCCGAGCUGCGGCCCGACCACGUGCGCGCCCUAUACAAGUACCUGCGGCACACGCGGCCGACUCUCUGGUCGCGGCACGGCGCCGACGGCUUCGAAAACUAUUGGCAUGUGUACGCGCGUGUCCACCUCCGCGGGGAGGCGGCGACGACGGCAGCUGCCGAAUCCCCGUACGCUAUCACGCGGCGGGCAGAGGAGAAGGUGCAAGAAAAACAGGAGCGGAAGGGGAAGGGAAAACAAGAGGUUGGUGAUGAAAGGAACGGCGGGGGAUGGCGGAACGAUCCCAUGCUCGCCCGCAUCAUGGCACAUAUGACGCUGGAGCGGUUCACUGGCGAGGACGCGGUGAAGUCCGGGGAGCGCCGGGCGCAGAUCGAGAGAAGAAGGCGCGCUCUUUUGAAGGUCAUUGAAUGGUGGCGGACCAAGGGACCAGGGAGGGAAGGGCCACCGGCUGAGGGUGGUCACUGA